CAGACAAAGCACUCAUUGGUGCCCUCUGCAACAGAACACUGCUAGGGGGCUGGCUGUAAAUUGACGUGGCAUGGAAAAGCUCUGCUAAGUUUGUUGCACUUCAUACGUUCCUGUAAGAGCAGGAUGACUCUUGUAGAGUUUGUUGCCUGAAAUAAUUAAGGAUUUUUUCCAUGCAUAGAAAUAGGGAUAGAAAACUCUUCCUUUUGCUAACUUGAGAGAUGACUAUUCUUUCUUUUGGUUUAUGGCUAACAGUAAACAGCAUCUAAAACAGAUUCCUUACUUCUUUUCUUCCUCAGUCAGACAAACAGAGUCUGUGACGUUCUCCAUUUCUAUUAACCUCUCUCUUGCACCUUACUGCUGCCCCCCAAUCCCUAGACUUCACCAUGGGGUGCGGAUUAAGAAAACUAGAAGACCCGGAUGAUAGCAGCCCUGGAAAAAUAUUUUCAACGCUAAAGAGACCACAGGUCGAAACAAAGACUGACUCUGCCUAUGAAUACAUACUGCUAGAUUUUGCAUUAGAAGGUUCUUCAAAUCCAGAUGUUAUCAAGAUCAGUUCAGUUUUGGAUAUUGCAAAAAAAGUGGAGGAGUAUUAUACUAAAGGAUACAUAGUAGUAGCUAUUCACCCUGUUUUACUUUCAAUUGGACGAAGACGGCAUUUUUCAGCAAGUUAUAUUUAUCGAGUUGUACUAUUACGUCUCAAAUCAAGCCAGAAGCAACCACCAUCCAGACAACAAAGAUACCCCAGGCUUGUGAUUGAAGAGUGUACCUUAACAUAUGAAAAACUAACAAACGAGGUAGUAAAGGGACUGCUAGAAAAGAUCAAUGGUGCUGCCAAAAGAGGAAUGAAAUUCGUUGGAUUUGUAACACAGCCUUGUCCUCAGUCUAAAAUCUGCAACGGCGCAAACAUGGAUGGGAAUACAGAGUCUGAUACAACACCAUGCAGAAGGAAUAGAGAGCAGAGGCGGCAUGAGUCAGAGGAAAAUGUUAAAACCUGGAAUGAAGGGACAUUGAGUGGCCAGUCCUCUGAGAGUGGAAUAGAAGAAGAAAUUCAGCCAGACAGUGGUCAUUCACAAGAGACUGAUUUUCAAGAUGGGAAAGAAAGUCCUAGCCCAACUAAACCGAGGAAAGGAGAAGAUAGCAAACUGUAUACAGUCUUCAAUGUAUAUGAGGAUGAUUCCAUCUGUUGGACCUAUCAUGAGGGCAUUUUGUCUUUAAAAGUAUCAAGGAAAGGGCCUGUGAUUAGUACUUUGGAUGCUGAUUGGCUAGAAUUAACUACAUUUUAUUACAAACAAGGGCUGUCAUUAAUUGACUCUUUUGUAUGCUGGGACACUUCUAAAGCUGAUCACUUGCCCAAAUCAUUAGAAGGCUUAUUUAUAUAUGAAGAAGAAGGCUCAGGAGUUCCAGGUUCAAACAGGAAAGGAAAUGAUGCAAUUGUUGUAGAACAAUGGACUGUCAUUGAGGGCAGUGAAAUCAAGACAGAUUAUGGCCCGUUACUGCACACUUUGGCUGAAUUCGGUUGGCUUUUAACAUGUGUACUGCCCACUCCAGUCAUCCGACUGGACAGUGAAGGAAAUCUGGCAACUAAGCAAGUGGUUUUUCUUCAGAGACCUGUAAUGUGGAAUCCUGCUAUCCAAACACCUGAGAAAAAAUCAACCAGGCAACUCAAAGAAGAAAAAGGCAAAGUUUCAAGUAGAGAUGUUGGAUUAGACACAGCUACUUCCCAGGCCACACAAAAUAAACGCUCUACAGAUGAGUUUCUUUUGUCACCCUCUACCCAGUGUUGGGGCAAGGAUGCAUCUAUCCAGUAUGGAAGCUUUCCUGCUGGAUUCCACAGUAGCGAUGGCAUGCUGAGAGACCUGGAUGAUGGACAGUUUGACCAAGAAGAUGCAGCCACUCAAGUCACUUGCAUGUGACCAGAAACUGGAUUAGAUGGACAUGUACAAAUGUCAAAGGAUUGUACAAAACUAGAAGCUACUUUUUAUAUAUGUUGGUAUAGUUCUUCCUUUUCCCUUAGCCAUGUAUGUAUACAUUGUCCCUUUCUUUCCCAGCUCUCUGCAGUUGUGCUCAUAGCACUGCUCUAUUUGUGUAGUAGUAUUUUAGCAGAGGGGUUAACUUUUAAGUUUAUUUCCUGGGAUGUUACAUUCCUCAAACAGCACUAUAUGCCACUGAUUGUCUCAGCAGGCCUUCUGACAACUGGAAGCAACUGCAGAUGGGGUAUUGGCUUCUUUUUUGUUGCAAACAUGACACUUCGUACAAUCUGCAGAAAUAUGAUACAAUAGCAUUGCCCUAACAUGCUAUUUUAAUCCUGUUUUAAGAAUGAAUUAAAAUUGUACAUAAAGAGUGGUGUGUUUUUAAAAUUUUAACCAUACUAAGAAAACAAUAGAAGUGUGUAGUUGUUAGCAAAAAUACUAUCUAUCAUUGUCAGAAAAUCAUAGCCCAUCAUUUUUCUAAUGUAACAUCAGACAUGUGGGUCCUUUUGGUCAUCCAGAUGGACUACAGGGUUGAGUUCAGUUUUUCCUCCUUUCCCUGACAUCCAGUGCUGAUCCUGGAAAUAAAGGCACUUCUAUGAAAGGAACAAUCAACUGGAUUCCAGAGCAUAAAUCUGAAAGUAGUUUGUUGUUUUUCUAACUGAAAAAAUGGGAAGAAAACACUAUGAGGCAACUCAGUGGGGAAAAUUACAUUGAUUUCAUGUCCUUGAUGGUCAAGCCCUUUGGAAAAUACCCAAGAAGUAAAAAUGGGAUGGAUUAAAUUAGUAUUACAUUAUCUUUUUCUUCUUCCCAUUCAACCCUGCAUCUUCAGCAAGUCCAGAAAGGAGAAAUUUUGUUUUCCCUCCUUUUUAUGGUUGUUUUUCCAGAGGAGCUAUUGUAGGAGUGCAACAUUUCCCAUUCAUUUGCCUCCCACCUUUUAAAUUUACACAGUGUUUUAAAAUAAACCAAACAGGCCAAACAGAGAAGGGCAACUGGCCCACUUGUAUCAGCAGCUCUUGCACUUAACACACACACACAGAGCCCCCUUUACUCUCUCCAGUGGGGAUCUCCCUUGAGAUUUGCACACAUCCAUUGAAGCACAGUAACUGUUCUUAGGAGAGUUACAAAAAACAAGCUGGGGAAGCUAAUAACUUAGAAAUUUCUAGACCAGCUAGAAAUUUGGGCAAGUGUUGAAAAUGUGAAAGACUGCAAGUUAUCAGAUUAACACUUCAAAGGAUUACAUUGCCGGAGGAAAAAUACUGUCCAUUCCCCACUUCCAGGAAUACUCCAUUUGCCCUUUUCUCCUAUUGUUGGUGCUUUUGAAUUGCAUUAAUAGA